AUGGCUGGAGAAAUCUGUGAGCCUCAGAAUCACUUUAAAUUAUUUGGGGAAUGUAAUGAUCUGUCUGUUUCAUCCUCUCCAGUGAAUUCUACUUGCCAGAUCUGCCUUCCACACUGGUACCUUCACCUGGACAAGUGCUACUGGCCAUCAAAGGCCUUAAAAACCUGGAACGAGAGCCAAAGUGACUGCUCAGAAAAGGGGGCUCAGUUGGUGGUGAUCCAAAACAAGGAGGAGAUGGAGUUCUUAAAGAAGUUUACAGAGGAUGCACAGAUAUACUGGACUGGAUUAUCUGUUUCAUCAUCAGCGAAGAAAUGGGUGUGGAUUACAGGUCAUAAAGUUGACCAGAAUCUGUUUCAAGAACCACCAAUCUCUGAUGGAGGGUACAACUGUGGAGCAAUAAAAAGCGGCAAAAUCAUGUCUGACAUCUGCACUGCUGUACUUAAGUGGAUUUGCCAGCAAGACCCCAUUUUGUUAUAAUAAUUGAU